AUGGCCAGGAGAUAUGACAGCAGGACGACGACCUUCUCCCCAGAGGGUAGAUUAUACCAAGUAGAAUAUGCCCUAGAAGCAAUAAAUAAUGCCAGCAUAACAAUUGGCAUAAUAACAAACGAAGGAGUAAUCCUCGGGGCCGACAAAGUGUUCAUAUCUAAGUUAAUAGAUAAGGCAAAUAAUUUCGAAAAAAUCUACAAAAUUGACAAGCAUAUAUUUUGUGGAGUGGCAGGAUUAAAUGCCGAUGCGAAUAUUUUAAUAAACCAGUCCAGACUUUACACACAAAGAUAUUUGUACAACUACAAUGAUGUGCAGCCAGUGUCCCAAUUAGUUGUUCAGAUAUGUGAUAUUAAGCAGAGUUAUACACAGUAUGGUGGGUUAAGACCCUAUGGUGUGAGUUUUUUGAUUGCAGGGUAUGACGUAAAGGAGGGAUACCAACUGUAUCACACCGACCCGAGUGGGAACUAUUCUGGAUGGUUUGCUACGGCUAUUGGUACGAAUAACUUGACGGCUAGUUCUAUUCUCAAGCAGGAAUGGAAGAAGGACAUGACUCUGCAGGAUGGUCUAUUGCUUGCCCUGAAAACGCUAGCCAAGAGCACAGAUAGCGAGGUACCCAAAAGCGAAAAAAUUGAGUUAGCCUACUUGUCAAACAAAGACGGCGAAUUGAUACAGAAAUAUUUAACAGAAAAGGAAAUAGCAGAACUGGUUAAAAUAUACACAGAAAAGUAUGUGAAGGAGUAA